CGGAUCCAGCGCACCAACCCCGCUCCGCGUACAGACUCUCCCUGGAGGCGGUCGGUGGGGAAACAGCGACAACAAACAGCCACAGUAACGGUUUCAGUAACGUUAGUUAGAUGUUGAGCGAUGCUGGGUUCUGCUCAGCUGAAGCGUAGAAGAGCUCAGGACUUUGCAGCCUGUUAUGAUUCAGCUUGUGCUGCUCAAGGCUCGGUUCCACUGCCCGCGGUCAAGUCGAGCCUUGGCCAAGGAGUGCUGGACUUCAACGGAGAUGUCCUCAGUCUCCCAGACUGGACGCCUGUACUGUCAUCUUUGGCCAUCAACAAGCAUUUACAGAAUGUGACCAUCAGAAGCUGCUACCUCAGCACUUUGGGAUCACAGGCUUCUUCUAAGGCCACCAGCAGAAAGAAGACACCCGUAAUCCAUUCGAAGAGUAUGACCCUUCAGCUCUGCAAAGCUGUGCAGAAAUGCCUUUGUGUUUCACCCAGUCUGAAGAUCCUCCAGCUGCACGGGCUGCCGUUAAGAGAGAGAGACCUCAACAUACUCACAAAGGGUUUGUCCAAGAGCACCUCAUUGGAGCAUCUGUCUCUGGCGCGCUGUCCAAUUGCAGACGAUGGGCUAGAAGUUAUCUGUCAGAGUGUUAAGUACUCCUCAACAAUCAGAACGGUGGAUUUCACUUCUUGUAAUAUUACCUGGCAAGGGGCAGAACAUAUGGCAAACAUAAUCAAGCACCAAGCAGUGAGGCGGCAUAGCACAGCAUGGGCGGAGUCUUUGCGGUACAGAAAGGCGGAGUUUGAGGCGAUGGGCGGGCUGCGCAGGAUCACGCUCAGUGACAAUAUUCUAAUCGGGGACAGAGGAGUGACCGCACUCGCUGAGGAGCUCGCAGAGGACCUGUGGGUCAAAGCGGUGGACCUUCAGCGCUGCGGCAUCUCUAAUGAAGGAGCUAAAGCCUUGGAGAAGAUGCUCCAGUCCAACUCCACUCUGUGUGUCCUGGACAUCAGGAGGAAUCCACUAGUGGACAAUGAGUUGGUGAAGGAUGUGAUUAAAAAAGUCCUUAUGAACACUAAAGGCCAGGACUCACAGUAUCUUUGGCUGAAGCCUCCAGCAAAGGAUGCAUAUGACCGCACAGGCCAGAUUAUGAGGAGAAACACAGGAAGAGCUACCUACAGAACUGGAUCUCGCAGAACAUCUUCAACAGCGUGCGGCUGGAGGCCGCCCCGACCUGGAUCUGCUGGGUAUAUCCCAUGGCGCACGGCAGCACGUGCCAAACUUCAGAGGGGCCUUCCACAGGGUGCAAUUGCAGCCAAUCAGAGUUUUCAGAAUGCUUCCACUAUCCGAGUCACUCUGGAGUCAGCAAGUGAGUCAGAGUCUGAGGAAGUGGAGAGUGUAUCACAAAGUCCGUGUACGCAGAGUCCUCAAGGAAAUAUUACCAGCAGGAAGUUCAGGCGUCUGCAGGCAGAAUACAAGCGCCUACAGGUGGAGCUUGAGGACUGCAAGCUCAGGCUAGCAGAAGAGAGAAAUGCAAGACUGAAAGCCAAUUCUCGCCUGGUGGAGCUGGAGUUAGAGAACAGUCGUCUGCGCAGUCUGAAUCAGUCUCUCUCUGAAGCCCACGUCAGCCAUUCUAUGCUGGAGGAUGACCGUGUGCUGGACAGCAUUGAGUCAUCUUUUCACAAAUUUCACGCCUUCCUCGACCUUCUGAAAGAUGCUGGGCUUGGCCAGUUAGCGUCCAUGGCUGGCAUUGAGCAGUCAGACUUUGGGCUUCUGGGUCAUCCUCAGCUCUCCUCCACAGAGCGAAGGGGCCAGGGAGACCAGGGUAAUGAGCAGAGGAAGGAGGACACUGCUACUACAGACAACCUUCAAAGAGCAUCAAGAUCUCAGUCAAGCAGAUCCUCCUCUAGAGUCUCUGCUGCCUCCAGGUCCUCUAUUCAAUCCCAGCAGGAGAUUCCCUUCAACCCCACUAUCCACUCCAGCACCCCUCCUGCUCAGCUGGACCAACACGAUGCACCAGGGCAGCAGCGCAAUAUCUCCCCAGUCCCAACGAGCCUUCACAGGAUGUCCGGCUCUGAGAAGGUCCAGGGCAGCGGAGGCUCAAAGUCAGCAAGUUCAGUCAGUAGCAAUAUAAGUAUACACAGUAAAGUCUCUAAUUCUUACAGAGAUGACUUUUCUGAGGGGAAGGUUUCUCCUGCUCUAAGCUCUAGAUCCUCCAGUGUCUCUAGGUUUGAGGGCCAGAGGAGUACUGCUGGUUUGGCGGGGUUCUAGAGCAAGCUCAGAUCCUGGACUCUCUGUAGACUGGAUUUAAAGGGCCCAUAUCUUACAGUUUUCUUCUAUUGUAUUUUAUUCGUAAUUGUGACAUUUGUAUGUUUAUGUAUCAAAAACAGUCAAAGUUUUUACACAAAAUGUACAAUUUUACACAACCAUUUUUCAGCCUCUCUUUAUUCCUUUUGUUACGGGGCCUUUAAAGGCACUUUUUCCACUGCAUGGUACCAGCUCGACUCGACUCGCCUUUUUUGGUUUUCCGUGAGGCAAAAGUUGCCUGGUACCUAGUACACGGUACUUUCUUGGUAUGAACUCCAACGAGGUUCCAAGCAACCUCAGGCUUUUUCUCAUUUUUUGUUAGCAGUCUUUUGCCUUGCUGCUGUCAGCCUCUUCUGAACAAAAUUUGUUUCCUUCACAUCAUGGCAGUUUCAUUUGGCAUAGCUAUGACGCCCAGCUACAUUCAGAUGGUACCAUAUCUGCAGUGGACAACAAUGUAGCUGCUACUGAAAACGUUCUGAUUGGCUGCAUUGUAUUGUGCAUCAUUCAGAAGCAGUCCAGGCUGACAAAGUUCAGGGGCGGAGCGAAAGUGCUGUAGGCUGAAUAGGUGUAUGUAUGUAAAUGCAUUGUUUUUUUUUUGUUUGUUUGUUUGUUUUUUUUUAAAGACAUUACAAAAACACUGAAUUCAAAACAGGUUCUUUUGGCAGCUUACUAUAUGCAUGGACUGGGGAGUGAAUGGCUUGUUUUGAAACUUUAACAGCAGUUACAUUGUUAUUUUAUUCCAAAAAUCGAAGGAAUUUGUUUUUCCGUGAUAUGAGCCCUUUAAUGCUACGUGCCGGCACAUGCGCAUUACUGGAGAUUUUGCAACAAAUGAGAUGUCAUUAGUUCUAAAGGCCUUGCUGCUGUGUGCUUUCCAAAUAUUUUAGGUUGUGAGAUUUUGGAUUGUAAAUCACUCAAUCAUUGUUUUCUGUUAAGUGGAUACGUAAGUUUAGAUUUUACUUUCAGACUGUUUUUUUUUAUUGUACCUUUAACCUCACCAUGUUGAUGCUGUUCAAAUGCUGGUAUUUGUCAUUGGACAAUCCUUUUUG